CGUCAACGCCACAACGUGGAGAUGGAACCUUGAUUUUUUCUAUUCCAGAACUUACUUCUCAUACGAGUAAUGUUGGUUGUUUGAGCCACGAUGAGCCACAAGCUAUACGCAACGAUAGAUGUGCACGAGUAUUCAAGACUGCGUUCGCUCAGGCGUGGAGGUGGGUUCUGGUUGUCACAGGGGUUGUUAUUGUGUUUUCUUUCUGCUUUAUUGACGAUAAAAAAGGCAGCCUUGGGACUGCCUGAGGGUACUCCAAAGAUCCAGUAUUCUCCAUGUUGGCUUUGUUAGAAUGAAUCAAGAGGUCUAGUUACUUGAUAAUAGUGUCGAAAUUACACCGAUGUUCGAGGU